AUGAAGUCUUCUCUUCUCCUUCUGGGCGCCAUGGCCGCCCACGUGCUGGCUGCCCCUGCUUCUUCUUCCCACAAUUACGUUGUUCAUGAACGCCGGGAUGCGUUGCCUGCCUCGUGGAGCGAGGAAAGAAGGCUGGACCGAUCCGCCAGCCUGCCAAUGCGUAUCGGUCUGACCCAGUCUAACUUGGACCGCGGUCAUGAUCUCCUCAUGGAGGUUUCGCACCCCGGUUCGUCGCGGUACGGACAGUACUACACCGCCGAGGAGAUCCAUGAUCUCUUCGCCCCGUCCAAGGAGACAGUGGACAGCGUCCGUGACUGGUUGGAGAACAUGGGUAUUGCGGGACACCGGAUCUCGCAGUCCACGAACAAGCAAUGGUUGCAGUUUGAUGCUGAUGCCGAGGAGGUGGAAUCCUUGCUGAACACCGAGUACUACGUCUACGAGCACCAGGAGACUGGCAAGAAUCAUGUUGCGUGCCGCGAGUACCACGUCCCCAAGCAUGUGCAACGCCACAUUGACUUCAUCAAGCCCGGUGUUAAUCUGCUGGAGGUCAGGGGCGUGAAGCGGGCCAACGAGACCGAAGAAUCCGGCCUCCAGAAGCGCACGGGUCUCUUGCCCCCGAUUCUGCGCACCUUGGGACUGCCUCUGGCGGAACUACUCGGCAACCUCCUGGGUCUCUGUGAUGUGGCCAUCACCCCGCCGUGUAUCGAGGCCAUGUACAACAUGACCAAGGGUGACAAGGCUACCAAGGGUAACGAGCUCGGUAUCUUUGAAGACCUGGGCGACAUUUACAACCAGGAUGACCUGGACUUGUUCUUCUCGAGUGUCUAUCCCACCAUUCCCGAUGGCACUCACCCCGAGCUCAAGGCCAUUGACGGCGCCAAGGCUCCCUCCAACAGCUCGCUCACUGCCGGCGCCGAGUCCAACCUGGACUUCCAGAUCUCGUACCCCAUUAUCUGGCCGCAGAACUCGAUUCUGUUCCAGACUGACGACCUCGUCUACGAGAAGAACUACACCUACGACGGCUUCCUGAACAACUUCCUCGACGCCAUCGACGGCUCCUAUUGCUCGGAGAAAUCCGACCUGGAUCCGCCGUACCCGCACAACGUCGACGGCGGCUACAAGGGCAAGCUGCAAUGCGGUGUCUACAAACCCACCAACGUCAUCUCCAUAUCUUACGGUGGCACUGAGGCCUCUCUGCCCAUCUCCUACCAGCGCCGCCAGUGCCACGAGUUCAUGAAGCUCGGUAUGCAGGGUGUCUCUGUCGUGGUUGCCUCGGGUGACUCCGGUGUCGAAGGCCGCGGCGGCGACCCCAGACCCAGCAACUGCAUGGGUGACGACGACAAGGUCUUCGCUCCCGACUUCCCCGCUACCUGCCCCUACCUCACCACCACCGGUGGUACCUACCUGCCCCCUUUGGCCGACCCCAAGAAGGACCAGGAAGAGGCAGUGACCAAGUUCCCAUCCGGUGGUGGCUUCAGUAACAUCUACAAGCGCGCCGACUACCAGAAGAAGGCCGUCGAGGACUACUUCUCUAAGUACGACCCCGGCCACAAGUACUACGAGUCCGUCGACAACAGCUCCUUCGGCGCCAACGGCGGUAUCUACAACCGUGCUGGCCGUGCGUACCCUGACGUUGCUGCUGUCGCUGACAACGUCCUUGUUUUCUCUGGCGGUCUUCCGUCCCUCGUCAGUGGUACUUCUGCCGCGGCGCCCGUGUUCGCGGCCAUGCUCACCCGUAUCAACGAGGAGCGGUUGGCCAAGGGCAAGUCGACGGUUGGCUUCGUCAACCCUCUGCUGUAUGAGAACCCCGAUGUGUUUAACGACAUCGUUAAGGGUGACAACUCAGGUUGCGGCGUGACUGCCUUCAAGGCAGUUCCUGGCUGGGACCCGGUUACUGGCCUGGGAACUCCCAACUAUCCUAAGUUGUUGGACUUGUUCAUGGACCAGCCAUAA